AUCCUUUCAACGAAAACGUGCGCCAGUCUUGGUCUGCGCUAACGGAACAGGUCAGUUGGACCUCCCAACCCCAGGUUUUUGUCUUUUCACCUAAAUGCACUUAUCAGUUUAAGUUUGCUCGUUCCGCGCAAGAUUCAUCGCUUCUGCCUCAGCUAGGUAGCCGUCAAAUUAACAGAUCAGCAUCAUUUAAGCAGCCCAUGAGAAACAAUGAUUCACACGAGU